AAAUAAAUAUCGUAUGUCAACCUUAUGUAGAAAAGAUCAUCGUGGCAACCACUUUAUACUUUUCAAUUUCUUGUUUCUUCUUCAGAUAUUUUGAUCACAUAAUAUAUACUCCUCAUCCCUUUAUGUACUUCUCAAAUCCUGCUGCUUACACAAAAAAGCAGUUUUUUUUCUUCUUUUUCUCGUAAACUAAAUUUAUGUUACAUUAAAUGGGUUCGAGUUCAGAAUUAUACCAACAAGAAGAGAAGAAAGUCAUUUCAGUCUCCGACUAUGCUGCCAAUAUGUUAAGAGAGUCAUUUCAAUGCCUUACCAUUAUCCUCCUCAGCCUCCUCCUCCCACUUUCCUUUAUCGUCCUCGCCAGGCUGUCAGUCACCCGCUAUCUCAUCGCCACCUCAGCUUACACGGCGCCUGAUUCACUCCUUGUCAGACUCUUCCUCUACGUCAAUCCCAAUCUUCUUCACGUACUAGUUCCACUUGUCAGCAUUUCUGCUUUGAACCAAUGCCUGACAGGACGAACUCUGUCUGAUCACAUGAUUUCUAAACCUCGUCUUUAUACGUCGUGGUUUUUUCUUUUCAUGUUUCAAAUUUGCGUGUGCAUAGGCAUAGAAGGUAGCAUAGCCGUUGGAAUAGAUGGUUCUAGUUUUAGCCACGAAAGAUUAUGUGUAUUGACCAGAGUUAUGUUUUUCUUGGGAUUGCACGAGACAACGUUGUUUUGGUCCAAGAAAGUGGUGAAGCCGGUUGUGGAUGACACAGUUUUCGGAGUUGAAACGGAGGAUAGGGUUGUCCAAAAGGUGGCUAUGGCCAUGAGUUUUGGUAUAUUGUGGUGGUGCAAGUUGAGGGAUGAAGUUGAGUCUUUAGUGGUUGUGGCUGAGAUGAAUAGGGACUUGUUUGGUAGUGUUGGUUUGGUUGAUUUUGUCGGUUGGUGGUUGUAUUAUGUGACUGUGGCAAUUGGUAUGGUUAAGGUUGUGAAGGCACUUAUUUGGCUAAAUUUUGUGUUGUUUUGUGGGAAUAUUGUGGUUGAUUCAGACAAUGCAGGCUGUUGUACAAGAAAUGAUGACAAGGUCUGAGAAAGAGUUUUGACAUUUUAUUUUCCUCUCUGUUAACAGUUGUAAUCUUGAUUGUUAAAGAGAAUUAGAUUAUUGUUUCUGCUUUCUCAAAGAAGGGGACAUGGAUGUACUUUUUAUUAUUGAGUAAAACAAAUGCAUAUACAAAUAUUCAUUCUUUUAUUACCGAGAAAUCUGUCUGGAGUCUAC